AGAUCCGAUCACCAAUGUUGUGUAUCGGGAACUACACCCAUGAUAGGCGGUCAUAGACAUCCUCUUCCUUCUCCCUCCUUCUAAAUCCCUCCCGACCUCCCUCGUCGACGCCUUGCUUUCUUGCGUCCCCUUCUUCCCUGGCCACGAUGCCUUCCAUGGUUGAGAAUGCGGCCCCCCGCACGAACUUGACGGUAAUAGCGGACGUGCUACCCGACCCGGGCCUGGGAGCCAGCCGCCUAAACUACUACCUCGCCAUCGCCACGGUCCUGUUCUGCCUAUGGCUGUUCCAGUCGGGGAAACAGAAGUGUGGCGUUGCCGCUCCGUUCUACAAGGCGUCUCGGUUAAAAUGGAUGUUCAGCGCCGACAAGCUGAUAAUGGAUAGCUACUCCAAGUUCCGCGAUACCGUAUACCAGAUCAAGACGACGGAGGGCAUCCGGACCAUCAUCCCGGCGUCGUUGAUUGGCGAGCUCAAGGGUCUCCCUGAGGAUACCUUGAGCGCGAGGAUAGCAGUGAGGGAGGCUAUGCUGAGCGAGUACACCGAGCUCUGCGCCGGCGAUCACGCCGACACGCUGUCGCUGCUGCUGAAGUGCAAGAUGACGGGGCAGCUAGCACGGAUGGUACCGCAGCUCAAGGACGAGCUCGAGCACAUCCUCGCGACGGAGUUCCCGGACUGCCAAGACUGGACGCCGUUCAAGAUCCAGCCGUUCAUGGUGCGCACGGUGGCGCGGCUUAGCGGGCGCGUGUUCGUGGGGCCGGCGCUGAGCCGGGCGGAGGAGUGGCUGGACGUGAGCAUCAACUUCGCGGUGACGGCGUUCAUCGCGGUGACGAAGCUGCAGCUGUUCCCGCCGUGGAUGCGGCCGGCGGCGCGGCGACUGGUGCCGGAGCUGGGGGCGAUCCAGCGGGACCUGGAGCGGGCGCGGGCGAUGCUGGCGCCGGUCAUCGAGCGGCGGCUACACCUCGAGCGGCAGCAGCAGGAUUUCGGAGAUGACGACUACGACUACGAGAAGCCCGACGACUUCGUGCAGUGGCUGCUCGACGCGCUGCCCGCCGACCAGAAGACCGACUACCGCGCCCAGGCCAAGCUGCAGCUGCUGCUGAGCGCCGCCUCCAUCCACACCACCAGCAACCUGACCACUGACUGCAUCUACGACCUCGCCGUGCACCAGGACCUGCAGGAGGAGCUGCGCGCCGAGGCGCGCGAGGUGCUCGGCGACGGCGACGACCCCGCCGCCUGGGCCCGCGGCGACAGCCUGCACCGGCUCGCGAAGCUCGACAGCUUCAUCAAGGAGUCGCAGCGGCUGUCCGGCAACGUCACCUCCUUCAUCCGCAAGGUGACUCGGCCGAUCGACCUGUCGGACGGGACGCACCUGCCGGCGGGCACGAACCUGCUGGCGCCGAUGGCCGGGAUCGCGCGGGACGCGCGGUACUACGCGGCGCCGGAGGCGUUCGACGGGCUGCGGUUCUGGAAGCUGCGGCAGCAGCAGACGCCGACGCAGCCGCCGUCCCCGUGCGGCAGCGGCAGCAGCGGCGGGGGCAAGUGGCAGUUCACGAGCACGGGGGACGCGAGCCUCAACUUCGGGCUGGGGCGGCACGCGUGCCCGGGGCGCUUCUUCGCGGGGGCCGAGAUCAAGCUGGUGCUGGCGCACCUGCUGCUGCGCUACGACCUGCGGCUGCCCGCCGGCGCGCCGCGCCCCGCCCCCACCAUGUUCAUGAUGACCCGGUGCCCCAGCACCACCGCCGAGGUGCUGUUCCGCCGGCGCGGCGGCGCGUGAGCGAGCUGCCCUCGUGCUUCCCCCUUCCUCGCCCGCCGGGGAGAAGA